AUGGAUAUAGUUGAUACAUUUAGCCAUUUAAUUCCUACUGAACACUUAGAUGAUGCCCUAUUUCUAGGAUCCAACCUGGAGAAUGAAGGCUGUGAGGAUUUUAGUACAAGUCAAAAUGUCUUAGAGGAUUCGCUGAAGAACAUGCUCAGCGAUAAGGAUCCUAUGCUAGGAUCUGCAAGUGCCCAGUUCUGUUUGCCUGUUUUGGAUAGCAAUGAUCCCAAUUUCCAGAUGCCUUGUUCAACAGCUAUUAGCCUUGAUGAUAUUAUGGAUGAAGAAGGAGUUAAAGAGAGUGGUAACGACACCAUCGAUGACGAUGAGCUAGUUCUACCUACCAGGAGUCUGAGGAGCCGGUCAGAAGAGACGUCAGUCACGUCACCAAGAAAAUCUCCACGUUUAAUGGCCCAAGAAUCAGUACGGAGUUUGCGGCAGAGCACCCUAGCAAAGCGUUCAAAUGUUGCACCUCCUGUUAGCACCAAGAAAUCAUCUGUGAAAUGUGGAUCUGCUGUGAAAACAGGACAGAAACAGCAAGAGAGAAGUCCAGCUAAAGAAGCAGAUGUUGCUGCACCCCUGAAGGUAGAGCAGCCUAAAGAAGUUAGGCGUAGCACAAGGCGAUCUGGACAGGCAGAAGGAACGACGACAGUAACACCUCCCCAGAAUAAUGCAAAAUGUCCUCCUGCUCCUGAAGAGGCAAGUGAUGUAAAAUCAGAAUCCCCUGAUCAGGAAAAAGCUGAGGAGAUCUCCCASGAGUUGAGUUGUUCUAAUUUAGCAGGAGCUUCUCCUCCUCCUCACGGAGAGGCAAAGGAGAUAACUGAGGCUGCUACAAAGGCUGAUUCGGGGAAUAGUGAGCCAGUUUGUUCAACGUCUGCAGAUACUGAAAUUACAGCAGUUAAAAAUGAAGCAGAUGGUGGAGUUGAGUCAAUGGCAUCUGAAGCUUCUUCAACAGAAAAGACUGCAAAUGAAUCAGAGGAAUUGGAGAAGAAAGCAGAAGAAAAUGAUCAGAGUAAGAUACAUGGAAAAGCUGAUGACCCACCUAYCGAAAGUGGUUGUGUAAUUCCCAGUGAAGUUUAUCAGAUCUUUCCAGGUUUGUCCAGCUCUGUGGAAGAGGGGGUUGAAUGUAGGUUAGGUUCCCAGGAUGAAGUUCCUGAUGAAAAUGUAUUAUCUUUAAAAGAAUGUAUAACAGAGCCUGUAGAUGAUGUCACAGGGACGGAUAAAACUGUAACUCUCUCUGAGGAACUAUUGGACAGUACAGAGUGUGAUAAUAAAGAGUUGAAAAGUGAAGAUUCUGCUUCUGCUGGCCCAGAAAGUAACAUUUUAGAUAGCACCGCUCUUGACAGUACAAGUCAAAAUGUACCAGAGCAGAUCAGCACCGCUAAAGUAGAAGGCCCCGAGGCCUCAAAAAUUCAGGAUAAUGAAGCACUUAGUGCUUCAACAAAAUGUGAAAAAAAUGUGAGGCCCCGACACAGUAAAUCUGUGAUACAGAAUAAGCAAAAUCUGACUACAGGUACUCGACAGAAAGUAGCUGCAGUGCAACAAGAAAUAACACAUUCGAAAACAAGAGCUGGUUCUGCUGUUUCGGGUCUUCACGGUUCCUCUUCAGCAGGUGUGAAGCGUAAYGCAGAUGAGCAAGUUCACCAUCUAAAUAACCCCGUCAAAAUUAGGAAAAAACAGUCUGACUUGGGUUUGAAAACAAAGAGCCGUGUUUCAGGUGUCACAGUAAAAAAGCAGACCAAUACAAUGCUGAAGAAAACACCCCGAGUCCAGGCUUCUGGGCAGGUACAUAAAUCAUCAAUUCAAAGGGCAAAUGAGAAAUCUCCUACUCAACAAAGCUCUUCUAAGGAUACCCACCAGAAGCAAGCCCAGAAACAUCUACUCUCGAYUGUACCGAAAACAAGUAACUCCUCAAAGGAAGAGGCAGACACAAAAGAUGCCUCUGCUCUAGAACAUUUGAAGGAAGAUGACAAAGAAAAAAACAAAUCAAAAAGAAUUGAUAAGAAUCUCCAGCCACGCCAGAGAAGAAGUAGCAAAAGUCUCUCGCUUGAUGAACCUCCUCUGUUCAUUCCAGAUAAUAUUUCAACUGUAAAACGGGAAGGCGUGGAGCAGGCACCUGCUAAUGAAAGCAAAUCUGCUUGGGUUCCCAGCAAACACUGUGGCUUUUGCAAAAAGCCACAUGGCAACAGGUUCAUGGUUGGCUGUGGAAGAUGCGAUGAUUGGUUUCAUGGUGACUGUGUUGGACUGAGUCUUUCUCAAGCGCARCAGAUGGGUGAAGAAGAUAAAGAAUACGUGUGUGUGAAAUGCUGUGCUGAAGAAGACAGAAAAGCAGAGUCUUUGGAUCAAAGUCUACUGGAUCCUCAAGGGAAACAUGAAAGCUAUAAAGAAGAAAGAGCACUGGAAAGUGAAAAACCCGGGAUGUCAAAGCAAACACCUACUUGUAAUGCAAGCAUGACUGAGAAACUGAGGCAAGCAGAGGACACAGGGAAGCACAAAGUCAAAAUUUUUAGAAGGGAAUCUGGGGAGGGGAAGAACGUGUCAGAAUGCAGAGACUUAGAUGCUAAAAAAGGGCAACAUGUUCCUACUCGGAAAGCAUCCCAGGCUGCUAUACCUCCUCGGAGGUCCUCUGAGGAUAAAAAUGAAAGAAAAGAGUCUCCGAGCGCGGUUGAAAAGUCUGCAAAGUCAGGUGUUCAUGAGAAACAAGAAAUUAAGAAAAAGAAAAUUGAGAGAGGAGGAGCAAGUAGUACAACACAUUUGCCAGCUGUGUCAGCAUCGAAACCUUCUGCUGAUCAGAUAAGACAAAGUGUUAAACAGUCUCUUAAAGAAAUACUCAUGAAAAGAUUGACAGACUCCAGUUUAAAGAUUCCUGAGGAGAGAGCAGCAAAAGUUGCCACAAGGAUAGAAAAAGAACUGUUUUCUUUUUUUCGGGACACUGACUCAAAGUAUAAGAACAAAUACAGAAGCUUAAUGUUCAACCUAAAAGAUCCCAAAAAUAAUAUAUUAUUUAAAAAAGUACUUAAAGGAGAGGUUACUCCAGACCAUCUAAUAAAAAUGAGCCCAGAAGAACUGGCUUCCAAAGAACUGGCCGCAUGGAGACAAAGAGAAAACAGACACACAAUUGAAAUGAUUGAGAAAGAACAGAGGGAAGUUGAAAGAAGACCUAUCACAAAAAUUACUCACAAAGGGGAAAUAGAGAUUGAGAGUGAAACACCAAUAAAAGAACAAGAAGCUAUGGAAAUUCAGGAACCUAAUGUGCUUAAGUUGUUUGAGAAGACAGAGGAAGCUGAAAAAGAUAAAGAAGGAAAUGAGUCUUCGUCUCCAGACACCACAAGUCAACACAAAAAUCACCUGUUUGAUCUUAACUGCAAAAUCUGCAUAGGCCGAAUGGCACCACCUACUGAUGACAUUUCUGCAAAAAAAGUGAAAGUGUCCGUUGGGGUUGCGCGGAAGCAGUCGGACAAUGAAGCGGAGAGCAUUGCAGAUGCACUGUCUUCAACAUCCAGUAUUUUAGCUUCAGAAUUAUUGGAAGAAGAUAAACAAGACUUAACAAAAUCACCAUUCGCAUCUCUCCCACGGUCAGAAACACCUGGCACUGUGGAAAGCGAAACCCUGUUUCUGGCACGCCUGAAUUUCAUCUGGAAGGGUUUUAUCAAUAUGCCGUCUGUGGCCAAGUUUGUUAUUAAGGCCUAUCCAGUCUCUGGCUCUUUUGAGUAUUUAACAGAGGAUUUACCGGAUAGUAUUCAAGUAGGUGGCAGGAUAUCUCCUCAUACUGUCUGGGAGUAUGUGGAAAAAAUUAAAGCUUCAGGGACCAAGGAAAUCUGUGUAGUUCGCUUUACUCCUGUCACUGAAGAAGAUCAGAUUUCCUAUGCUUUGCUGUUUGCCUACUUCAGCAGCAGAAAACGUUACGGAGUAGCUGCCAAUAACAUGAAGCAAGUGAAAGAUAUGUAUCUCAUCCCCUUGGGUUCUUCAGAUAAAGUUCCACAUCAUCUCGUGCCUUUUGAUGGGCCUGGGAUUGAAAUACAUCGACCAAAUCUAUUACUAGGAUUGAUAAUUCGCCAGAAAAUGAAGAGACAAAUUACUGCUGUUACAAGUGUUAGCAGUAGCUUUGUGGAUGAAGGUUCUGAAGGCCCCUUGAGUAGCUUGCCACCAGAGAAGAAGAGCAAGCCAAACAAGCCUGAAGUCUCUCACAAUGAAUUGGCAUUAGAAGAAGAAGAAGAAAAUGAUUUUUUUAAUUCCUUCACAACUGUGCUGCACAAGCAGAGAAAUAAAUCUCAGCAGUCUAAUACAGACGAUGUCCCUGCAGUUGUUGAACCCUUAGUGGAGAGUAGCAAACAUGAACCACCAAAGCCUCUCCGAUUCCUUCCCGGAGUCCUGGUUGGAUGGGAAAAUCAACCUUCUACUCUGGAGCUAGCAAAUAAACCACUGCCAGUGGAUGAUAUUCUUCAAAGCCUGUUGGGUAYGACAGGGCCAGUGUAUGAACAGAAUAAGACGGAAGUGAGUCCCAGCGAAAACAUACCAUUAUUAAAUGAACAAGAAACCCUGAAAGAAGAAAACAUGGAUAUAGAUGUUGCUGAUGCAGCUGCUGAAGUYGGUGAAACAAAUACGAGCUUGGAAGGUGAACAGGAAUCCCCUAGUGCUGCUGUAGCAGCAGAUGCAGCAGCUGUAGGGACCUCAAGUUCUGCAAAAAGUACUGGAACUUUGAUGGGCCUUAGUCUGAAGGGAAAACCUCCAGAUGUUUCCACAGAAGCAUUUUUAGCAAAUUUAUCUGCUCAGUCACAGAGUAAAGAAASCGAAGAAAGUAAAGAAAACGAUCCAAAGUUGCAAUUACAGGACAAGGAGAAUGUGGCACAGGAAGUCAAGACGACCACAAAUUCUAGUGUUUCUUCUCCAUCAAAUGCAGGGAAAAAAGGCAAUGAAAACAGUGUUAAUGUAGGCUCUGCUGAAGGUACUGCUGCUAAUACCUCCAAGUCUCCACCCUUUAUUAAUAUCAAGAGAGACCCACGGCAGGCAGCAGGUCGAAGCCAACAGACUAAUGCUUCAGAAAACAAGGAAGGAGAUGUUAACAGAAACGAAGAUCGACAAAAUCUUUCAGGAAAUGAUCAAAUGGAAGUGGAGAAUAAGCAGGCUCCUGCAGAAAAGGGCUUAAACGUGUGUCAAGGUGAUGCACAAGCAAGCGAGAUGCAUUGUAGCUCAACUGCAACGAAAGCAGAUAAUGUCUGCACCUCACAAGCAGAGGAUACCAAGAACUUGCAGGAAGAUGCCUUGAUGCAAAACAUUGAAACAGUGAACUCAUUCAGAAGAGGACCAGCAACAACUUCAUCUCAGCCUGAACCAGAAAAUUCCUCUCGUUCGGAAUUUAUUUCCAAGGUCCCAAACCCUAUUACAAGUGGCACCUUCUCAUCUGUUAGACCUCCACAGCACAAUUUUCAGCAUCCUAAAUCUAAUCCACCCGGAUUUCAGUUUCAGGGUCCUACACCUCAUAACUUUCCUCCACAAAACAACCCUAUGUUUGGAUUUCCUUCUCAUUUACCACCUCCGCUGCUUCCUCCUCCGGGCUUUGGCUUUCCUCAGAAUCCUAUGAUGCCCUGGCCACCUGUAGUUCACCUAUCGGGUCAGCCACCACACUAUACCGGACCCAUUGCACAAGGGCUACCAGUGGCUCACAAACAGUCAAGAUUUUUGGGGCCAGACAAUUUUUUCCAGAGUAAAGACAGCAGGAGACCAGAAAGACGUCACAGUGACCCUUGGGGGAGGCAAGAACAGCUUUCGGACAGAGGUUUCAAUAGAGGAAAAAAUGAUCAACAGAGGCAAAGGUUCUUUAGUGAUUCCCAUCACCAAAAGAAAGACAGACAUGAUAAAGAGUGGGACAACGAAAAAUACUGGGAUCAAGAURCUGAAAGAAAUAGGCGCCGAGACAGAAACCAGGAAAAAGAGCGAGAGAGAAAGAGUAGAGAGGAAGGGCAUAGAGACAAGGAAAGAUUGCGAUCUCCACACAGUGACAGGGCUUCUGAUGGAAAAAGCCCCAAAGAGACUAGAAACCCAGAAAAAAAGACCGAAAAGCCUAAAACUGAAGAGCAGGCUCAAGAAAAGGAUAAAGAGAGGGAGAAGAGCCGAGAGAAACAUAGAGAACGAGAAAGUGAAAAGAGCAGAGAUAGACAUAGGGACCACAGUGACAGAACUAAAAACAAGAGGUAAAAAGCUGCAGGCAGUCUUUCAGAAUCCUAUUUAAAUAAACUUAGAGUGAUGUCGUAAAACUUUGUAUAAAGAAAAAAAAGCCUGCUAGGAUUGUGCCAUCUUUUUUUAUUCAGUAUUCGUGUUUUGCAGAAACAAGUCUGUGUUUUGGUACCAAUCACCGUACCAAUACUCAUCCUUUUUUUCAUUAUACCAACUAUUGCUAGAAGUAGGAGUUUAAUAUUUUAAAGAAUUUUACAUUGCUGUAUAUUCAAAAUUUUAAAGAUUUCCUUUAUUAAUAUGCAAUAAAGGCUUAGAAAUUUUCUUAGCUGAUGAGGUUGGCUUUAGUCAAGUAUGCAAUAUAGUUGCUGCCUUUGGUAAUUUGUGCUCUCUUCUGUUUUAAGAUGCGCUGAUGAUUUUAAAGGUGAAUUUCAUACAAUAACCUUCUUUUUAAAUUGCACUGUUUUUAAAGACUGCAGCAGAGCCUCAGAAUCUACACACAUUACAACAAAAUAUGAUAUGCUCGGUGGUGUGAAGAGUUCUUUUUAAAUUAUUCAACAGUACAAUAAAACAGUUGAAAUGUAUUUCAUUUUUCAAAUAUUUCCUAAGCAUCUGAAGCAGUUUGUGACCAGAAAUUGGAAGGCUAAUCUGCUCGAAUGUUAUUGCUUUAAACUGCACUUGUUUUAAUAAGAAAACAUUUUUAAACUAAAUUCUUCAAAACACGAUUUGUAGUAGUCAGUCAUUUCUCCCAUCAUUUUCCGUGCUUCAAAAACUUGAAUACCUGAGCUUGUACAUUACUUUGUGUUU